UAACGAGAGCAUUCUGCAGAGAGUGAUGGUGCGGCUUGAACAAACCGAAAUCAAAGAGAUGGAGGAGGACGAAGACAGAGAGCGAAACGCAGAGUCAGAGGCAAAGAAGAAGAAGGUUGUCAUUACGAUACCGUCCUACCAAGAAGUAAUUGAAAGCUCUCAAUCUAAAUCUACACCACCCUCUCUUUUUGCACCGUCCCAGACGUUUUCCCAAGCAUUUGCUUUUGUCAAAUCCUCUGAAUUUUACUCACCCCCUCCUACCUCCACCACUAUCCCUUCUCAGACCCCACACGUUUCUGAGACCACUGCUGCAAGGCAAAUUAGUCAAUCCGAUGUGCCAUCAUCUUCAUCAUCUGCGUCAACAAGUGCUAUUGCUUCAUCCUCAACCACUCAGAAUCGAAAUUCAAUUCUUGUUAGCCAUAGACAGAAAGGAAACCCGUUGCUCAAACAUAUCAGGAAUGUGAGAUGGGCUUUUGCCGAUGUUGUUUGUGAUUUCUUACUUGGACAAAGCUCAUGUGCACUUUAUCUAAGUCUUCGGUAUCAUCUGCUGCAUCCAGACUAUUUAUAUUUUCGUAUAAGAGAAUUGCAGAAAAACUUCAAGCUUCGUGUUGUUCUUUGCCAUGUUGAUGUGGAGGAUGUAGUUAAGCCAAUACUUGAAGUUACUAAAACUGCGCUGCUUCAUGACUGUACCCUAUUAUGUGGUUGGAGCUUGGAGGAAUGUGGUCGCUAUUUGGAGACAAUAAAAGUUUAUGAAAACAAACCUGCAGACAUUAUUCAAGGCCAAAUGGAUACAGACUAUCUAUCACGGUUAUCUCAUGCUCUCACAACAGUUCGACAUGUGAACAAGACUGAUGUAGUCACACUGGGUACCACAUUUGCGUCUCUUUCGCAUAUCAUGGAUGCAUCAAUGGAAGAUCUAGCUCGUUGUCCUGGUAUAGGAGAGCGCAAGGUAAAACGCUUGUAUGAUACUUUUCAUGAACCAUUCAAGCGAGUAGUUUCCAGUGGUCCUACUGUUCCAGAAGCCUCUGCACAGAACAAUGCUGAACCUUGUUCGGUAAAUGAAGAUAAAGGAGAUGAAGAAGAAGAAAAAAAGGACACCGAAGAUGAAACCAAACACAAGAAGAAAGAACCCGAAUUGACGGUCAAAUCAGCCUUGUCUGCUGCUUUUGCGAAAUAUGCUGAUAAAGUUGGUAAAAAGAACAGAAAAUCACCAGGAGGGAAGAGGAAAGGAGAAACAAGUAAUGCCAUUGAAGAUGAAGUUGGAAAAUCCUCUUCAAUAUUCAAGAACACUGAUUGUGCCCAGAAAUCCAAAGCUUCUGAAUCCUACAAGGAGCAGCGAGAUACAUCUGUCAAAGUUCAAGAAUCGAACUUGAAGAGCUCUGGAAGGGUUACUAGGUCGUCGGCUCGUUCUUCUCUAACUUCUUCAAUUGAUAGCCAUGAUUAAAAAAUACUCUUGUGGCAGAGGCAUUGGCCAAAAAGAUAAAAUAAUUUUGCUUUUUUUCCCUUUGUUUGGUGUUAUUUAUGGUUUUGCGAAUGAAAAAGAUGUAUCUGUGAUUCAGCAGGUAACCUAAUAUAUAUAUAUGUAUAAUAGAAAUUCCUGCAAAUUCAGUUAUUUA